AACACCUUGAGAAAAAAAAAAAGUUUUUAAGUGGGUGCCUGUGGAGAUUAUGAACUCAAUUGAUUCGCAAGCCCACCAGCAGAGUUCUCCAGUAUCAAGCCCACACCAACCCCACCCCAAAAGCGCACAGGAAGCUCCAGAGAUGACUGUGUAUUGUGACAACUUCAGCAUGUACCACCAGCAGAACCUCCACACCUCGCAGCGGCCGACAAACUAUGGACUCGGGGACUAUGCUCCGUCAAGCAACCCCUACCUCUGGCUCAACGGACCCGGGGUGAACAGCUCCUCUCCAUACUUACACGGGAACAAUUCAGCUUCCUUCAUGCCCCCUUCCUAUGGAUCUCAGAGGCAGUUUCUGCCCAAUUCUGCGGGCUUAGGAGGGGCUGACCUGGGCUGGCUGUCCAUAGCUAGCCAGGAGGAGCUCCUGAAGCUUGUGAGACCCCCGUACUCGUAUUCUGCUCUCAUUGCCAUGGCGAUCCAGAACGCGCCGGAGAAGAAACUAACUUUGAGCCAAAUCUAUCAGUACGUGGCAGAAAACUUUCCGUUCUACAAGAAGAGCAAAGCGGGGUGGCAAAACUCCAUCAGACAUAACCUGUCACUGAACGACUGCUUUAAAAAGGUGCCCAGAGACGAGGACGAUCCGGGAAAGGGCAACUACUGGACCCUGGACCCGAACUGUGAAAAGAUGUUUGACAAUGGCAAUUUCCGUAGAAAGAGAAAGCGCAGGUCAGACACCAGCAACGGGAUCAAUGGCAUCUCCAAACCCGAGGAAGUGCGCCCCACCCCGGCGUUAAAGUCUGCAGAGAGCCCGUCGAUCAUAGAGCCUUCCUCCCCAGAGCUGGAACCCGUCACGGAGGAUCAUAAAAGUUCCCCAACUCCAGGAAUGAACUCCAGUCCUUGCUUCAAUAACUUCUUCAGCAGCAUGAGUGCAAUCGGCACGGGGCCUGUAAACAGACAGGUGUCGCUGGGGAUCAUGAACGAGCUUUCUCAGCGUAACAUCUCCGGACUGAACUCGUACUCCUCUAACGGUUCACACGAGAGUGGCAGCAGCACGGACCUUACAGACACUCUGCACCUCAACCGAACGGGUUACUACAACUCCUUCGCCGGAAAUCAGGCGAACCAAUUCAACGGCCAUUUCUACAACAGUUUUAGCGUGAACAGUUUAAUAUACCCCAGAGAAGGGACUGAGGUGUAGAGACACUGGGUGAAAAAAACGAUUGGUAUUUUUUUUUAAAAGCCUCGUAGUAGAAACGCCUUAGUGGAAAGAACCCAAAACCAUUCAAUAUAGAAACAUUGGUGUUGGGUCAUGUUCAUUAUCAGCCAAAACUGCCCUGCUUGUUAAAUAUUAAGUGCAUAUAGCACAAAGCCUCCUAUUAAGUAUAGUCACGUACUUAAAUCUGCGUGUGUCGUCCAGUUAUUUAGUGCCACUGCUGUUAUGUAAUCUAAAACCCAGUAACCGGGACACUUAGUGGUUUUUUUUGCACUGAACAAUCACUGUGUUCUUUAGGAUAUAGUAAAUAUUUACUGAACUGAGAGAAGAUGCUGUAAUUGAUAUAUGGCUACUUGCUGUAGGCUAUAUCGUACUGUACUUGAAAAACAUUUACACAGACGAGUGAGAUUGAUGUCUCUUGGACUGUAGUUGAAACACGAUGAAAAUGCAAUGCAUCGAUCAAAGGAGUAGGUUUACUUAUUUGAAGGUUAUUUUAAGAUGAGAAUCAUAUUUCUCGUCUUAUAUUUUGUCUCGAUGUUUUAUAUACAAAACAGAAAUAACAACAACUACAUUUUACAAAAGAAACUGCCGAAGGAAAACAACUUUUAAUUGUUUUCCAACUGUUAGAAAUUAUUUUUCGUAGCCUACAUGAAAACGUUUUUCUAUUGACUUCAAAUACGUUAGUUUGCUAUUCAUGUAAAUAUAUAUUUGUAUUUCUAUAUUUUUGUAAAUUAUGCCAUUCAAAUUGUACUUAUUUAUAAGCUGCAAAGUGACGUACAAAUGUAAUUUUGUUUUAACGUAGAUUGUAAAAAAAAUCAUAAUAAAAAAUAUGAACUAAA